CCGCCGCUAUUGUGGUGACUGAAUUGCUUUCCAGUACCAGGACAUUUAGUUAAGCAGAUUGUGUUUCCUUACACCACGCGACGAUCUCUCUUGAUGGCAGCUGGCGAUAAGUGGUUCGGAGGGAGACGGCAGAAUCGCACACAAACAGAGACAUGUGCUGGCAUACAAACGGCAUCAUAACAAGAUGGCACACACCGCACUGCCGGGAUCAUGGACUAUACUGUGCUGUUGAAUGAGGAAUCGGUCGCACUGGGCCACUGACACCUUCAUCCGCUGUCCGCUAAGCAUGGGAGGUGCAGAGGAAAUGCACGGGUGGACAGUAAAAAUGAGCACGCCUGGCGUUUUGGCCGUGGUGACGUUCUUUUCCAUGAUUCCUGGCGGGGUGCUGAGCGAUAUGGGAUGCACUCAGGGUCUGGAAGCCCCGCAGUUCGCCCAGGGGUCCACUCAUCUGCACCGCCGCCUGAAGAGAGGCUGGAUCUGGAAACAGCUGUUUGUCCCAGAGGAAGAUCCCACUCCUCGUGUUAUUGGCCAGAUCAAAUCGGAUUCUGACCGAGGCGAGUUUUCCAUCAAGUACAUAUUAUCAGGGGAAGGCGCCGGGGAUGCGUUUGCGAUAAAUGAGGAUUCGGGUGAGAUACGGACUCUGAAGAAGCUCGAUCGGGAGGAAAAGGCCUUCUAUGUCCUCCAGGCCCAGGCUAUCAACAGGAGAUCCAAUGAACCGGAGGAGCCCCAGUCAGAGUUUAUCAUCAAGGUGCAGGACAUCAAUGACAACGCUCCUCAGUUCCUGAAUGAGCCAUAUGUGUCCAGCAUCCCCGAGAUGUGUCCAACUGGGACCACAGUGGCCCAGGUGACAGCCACAGAUGCUGAUGAUCCCAUGUUUGGAAACAACGCCAAGCUCUUGUACUCCAUCCUGCAGGGGGAGCCCUACUUUUCUGUGGAGCCAAAGACAGGUAUCAUCGUAACGUCUUGGUCAGACAUGGACCGUGAGGCCAGGGAGCAGUACCUGGUGGUGGUGCAGGUGAAGGACAUGCUGGGCCUCAGUGGCGGUUACUCCGCCUCCACCACAGUGACCGUUAGCCUGACCGACGUCAACGACAACGGACCCAUGUUUCAGCACCACCUGUACACCUUCAGCGUCCCAGAAAACGCAGCCGUGGGCACCACCGUGGGCCGGAUCAUGGCAGAAGACGGAGAUAUUGGCAUCAACGCCAGAAUGACCUACACUCUGAAUGAUGAUCUGGAGGGAACCUCCACUUUCAUCAUUACAACAGACCCAGUGACGCAGGAGGGGGUGGUUCUGCUAGCCCAGCCGUUGGAUUACGAAGCAAAGAGGCGGUUCGUCAUGGCGGCGGAGGCCGCUAACGAUCACGUGGACACGCGCUUCCUGACGCUGGACGACUUCACGGACAAGACGACGCUCAAGAUCAUUGUGGACGACGUGGACGAGCCGCCCGCCUUCCUCUCGGCGGUCUAUGAGUGGAAAGUUCCCGAGAAUGCAGCGGUGGGAACUGUGCUCGGCAGCGUCAGCGCCAGAGACACCGAUGCAGUCAGCAACCCCAUCAGAUAUUCACUUGACAAAAGGAGUGAUUCCACAAAAGCUUUCAAAAUGGACCCAAACAAUGGAACGAUCACGGUUGUUAGAGCUCUGGACCGAGAGACCGCAAACUGGCAUAAUGUGACUGUUGAAGCUAAGGAGACAACUCAGAACCAUUUAUCCUCCUCCGUGGUGGUGUUCAUCAAAGUGCUGGACAUAAACGACAACGUGCCAAGGCUUGCGAGAGAUUACCAGCCGUAUAUCUGCGAGGGGACACAGGCAGGAGAGUUCAUUCAGCUGCUCAGCGCCGUCGAUGCAGAUGAACCCGUGGAAGGACACCACUUUUACUUCUCCAUGGUCCCGGACAAGCACAUCAAUCCCAACUUCACCAUCAGAGAUAAUCAAGACAAUACGGCUGGCAUCUUGGCACGCAGAAGUACUUUCACCCGCAAGGAUAGAACCCAGUAUUUCCUGCCCGUGGUGGUGACAGACAGCGGCUCCCCGGCUCUCUCCAGCACCAGCACUUUGACCAUCAGCGUGUGCAGCUGCCAGCCUGCCGGCCAUUGUCCCACAGGGGGGGUGGAGGCCCUCGCUCUGUCCAUGGGGGUCAGCCUGCAAACGUUGUUAGGGAUGUUUGUUUGCCUGGUCACACUCACAGUUCUGUCAGUUCUCAUGCUGGUGGUGAGGAGACACAGGCGGAAACAGCAGGGGGGGCAGAGCGUGGAGGUGAAGGAGCAGGAGCUGGAGCUGCCCGAAACGGUGUCUCAGAAGGUGCUGUAUUACGGAGGUGGAGGAGCGGAGUUGGACUUCUGCCAGCCCGUUGUUCCUCUGCGUCAUCACCCCAGGAGGAGGGAGCGGCGGCUGCGGAGGGAGGACGUCAGGGCCAGUAUACGCAUGUCCCUCCGAGAGUCGCACCUCAUCGGGCCCGAGGACGACGUCUUCAAGCAGUUUAUUCUGGACCGGCUGGCAGACGCUGAUCAGGACCCGUACGUUCCCCCGUUUGACUGCCUCAGGAUCUACGCGUACGAGGGAUCUGGGUCGCCCGCAGGUUCCCUGAGUUCUUUGGAUUCAUCCGUGGUUGAGUUUGUACCUGAGCAGCCUGUUUGUAAUCCCCGACCCCCCUUAGUGAGACUCACCCCUUGGUACGGAGAGGAGGACACGACCUUCUGAGAGGCAUGUGAUUGGCUUUAGUUUUGACAUUUUAGUUUAUAUAGAUUUGCUGUGUUUUUUGGGCGCGCUGGUAGGCCAAGAUAGCUGGCUCGCUGUUCUUAGCCAAGUAACCAUAAAGCCCCAUUUCCACCAAGUUAAACAGUUUGGUUCAGCUCUGUACGUCACCACAAUAACAGAGCCGCACCAAAAUCAUCAAUUAACGUGUUUAUCGGCAGCCUUCUCUCAAACAAAGCUCGUCUUCUUAUUGAGAUAAACAUCCACAUGCCUAGAAGUAUGAAUGAGUGCCGAGUGUCCUUCGCUGUCGCUCUUUGUUUGCUGCGUAAUGUUCUUCUUCUUCGUCUUUGUGGAAUUGAUCACCACGCCACACUGUGCCACCGGUGUGACAUUGUGUUAUUUAUUCAGCGGAUGCACAUUCUGUAAAUGGCUCCAUCAGCGACGUCCCACACAACCCCACGGUGAUCGUUGUUGACUGCGCCCGCGGCGAGCUGACCCGCACUGCACCGGCUCGGUGGAAAACGAGGCACAAACGCGUCCCCGCGCCGCAAGACGUGCUGUUUUUUACUGUCUUCGUAAUUGCUGUGAGUUCACACUGCACGAGUGAGCGACAGCGGGGGGACAGCGGGAGAAGGCGCGACGAGCAUGAAAACACACGUGGUCACAAAAACACACUAACAAGGAGAAUGAUGCGUGAAGCCCGGGCUGCGUUUGGCUCCGUUUCAUGUAUCCAGAUCCACGACUGAACAUUAAGUGAAGCAGUGCUGUCUCCCCACUGUCACUUUUGUGUUUGGCUUUUUCUGUCUUUUUCUCUCGUCUCCCACGAGCCACUGUCCUGUGUCCCCGGCUGUCGGAGUCAUUUCGGAUUUGAAUCAAAUUUACACCAUGCUGGAAACGAGGUUGGGGUCUGCGAUGCGUUGGCCGUGUCUUUGAAUAUUUUCCAUUUUUGCAACUUCUGAUCACUUUCAAAAACUCGCAAAAAAAGAAUCACGUCGCGUGGACUUGGCUUUCAACUGACUGCUAAUUGUGCCCACGUCAGGGACAGAAAGUGAGUGUCUUUCACCAAAUGUCACGAUUCAUUUCGAGACCUAAAAACAACACUUGAUGUCUUGUUGUUUUUUCUCUCUGCGCCUAUUUUUGUGUCUGUUGUACCUGUUUAAACGUAGAUAACACGACUCACAGGGACAGAGUUGAGGCGUAUCAAACUAAUUCGUACUCAACUCCUGCAACAAGCGCUGCCAUUCAUUGUAAAAUGAAUGUAAAAAAAAAAAAAGAAGGUCACAUUUAAAACAAAGGACAGGCAGAUACUGAACUACACAUGUUACAUGCAUACAGGUGUCCUCCUCACCUACUGGUGAUUUUUCUACAGAUGCUAAAAAUGAAAAAUAGAAAUGUAACCUUUUUGUGUCUUUGCCCUAUAUUGGUGUGUUAAUGUGGUGACUCUACAAGAACUCCAGUACUGGUUUAUGUUGGUUCAAAUGCUUUAGCGACUGUGUUACUGAGGCAGUACACGGCUGUAUGACCCUAAACUGUGGACACUGGGGGGGACAUGUUUUCUGCAGAGGGAAAGACUGUUUUUCUGCCACCUGAGCUACAGAGGUAUAAUAUUUGACUAUGCUUGUAGUGGCUUUAACUGACCAGCGGCUUCAUAGUUUCCAGUUUAUUUGACAGCUACUUGCUGCUCAGAAAGAAAGAAAGAAAGAAAGAACCAUUAGGUGCUUAUUAAGCUGAGAGGAAAUGGAAAGCUAGGAACAAUAUCACUGAUGCAUGCAGCUUUAAACUGGUCAUUUCAGCUGCCUUAACCAGGCUUUAUGCGAGAUAAAAAAAAAUGGUGGCGGAUCAUUCAUUUUGUAGGAAUCAACUAUCAUGUUAAUUCCUUGUUUUCUUGUAUUUACAAUGAGAUAAUGUUUUGUUUUUUUCACUCGAUUCACCCACAAAGACAAUUACUGAGCGUUAAAGAGUGCAGUUAUUAUCGCGUAACAACCUUUUUUUCACCGCAUGCCUUCUGAUUUUUUUGUCGUGGUCUGACGCUGUCUGGUAAGAUUAUCAAGUGAAUCUCAUGUUUUAUAACAGUUUGUACUUUUUUUCGAGUUGUAUAAAUGAAUGGAACUCUCCGUGGUAAGUCUUCUUCCGACAGAAGUUCACGAAGGAAGGCGUCCAAUAAAUACCAAGUGUUUAACAUGUA